AUGUUCGCCAAGAUCAUCUCUGCUUCUAUUCCCCAGAUCUUCAUUGCCGCCCUCGCCAUUGUCGCCGUGAGUGCCAAGCCCGGUCUUGUGGCCGCCCCGCUGGCUUACUCCGCUCCACUGGUGGCCGCCGCUGGUCCAGCUGUGGUGACCGCUCAGAGCUCCCAGUUCAUUGCCCGUAACUACAACGGAAUCGCUCCUCUGGCCUACACCGCCGCUUACACUGCUGCCGCUCCGGUUGCCUAUGCUGCCCCAGCUGCUUAUGCUGCCGCUCCAUUUGCCGCUGCCGCCUAUACUGCUCCAGUUCUGCUGUGAGGUGUAACAGAUUAGGCAUAUUCUCACUGGAUGUUCAGGGCAACGAAUUUUGUCUAAGGCAAUGGAUCUGAUAUGAUUGAAGUUGAUUGUGAUAAAUAGUACAAUUUUGAAAACAAA